AUGCCUACCAGACUGACCAAGACCCGCAAGCACCGCGGUCAUGUUUCCGCCGGUCACGGUCGUGUAGGCAAGCACCGCAAGCAUCCAGGUGGUCGCGGUAUGGCCGGUGGUCAGCACCACCACCGCACCAACAUUGACAAGUACCAUCCCGGUUACUUCGGUAAGGUUGGUAUGCGUUACUUCCACAAGACCCAGAACAAGUUCUGGAAGCCAACUAUCAACCUCGACAAGCUUUGGGCCCUCGUCCCCACCGAGACCCGCGAGGCCUACGUCGCUGAGAAGAAGACCGACACCGCCCCUGUCCUCGACCUCCUACCUCUCGGAUACUCUAAAGUCCUCGGCAAGGGUCGGAUACCCGAGAUCCCGAUCGUCGUUCGGGCCCGUUACUUCUCCAAGGAGGCAGAGCGCAAGAUCAAGGAGGCUGGUGGUGUCGUUGAGCUCGUUGCAUAA